AUGUUGUUUGGUUCCAAAAAGCCAGACCUCAACACUGAGAAUGCUCAGGUGGUCGAGCCACCGACGGAGAAGAAGUCGCUAUGGAAAUCCAUCCUACCUGUGAUGGCUUGCGGCGCGGGCUUGUUUUCUGACGGGUAUAUCAAUAAUGUCAUCGGGUCGGUCGUGACCAUUCUGGCGAUCCAGUACGGCGAUGUGUGGAAGGCAUCCAAUGCGAAGCAUUACCUGGGUGAUAUUGCUUUCGCGGGGACUGUGGUUGGGCAGCUUGUGUUUGGGUAUCUGUCUGACAAAUGGUCACGCAUGAACUCGCUCAUUCUCUCAACCAUCAUCCUACUCAUUUUCACAGCCUUGUCCGCCGGGUCGUAUUACCAUGGUGAUGCAGUGGGUAUGUUUAACAUACUGACCGCUUGGCGUUUCUUUGUCGGCAUCGGCAUCGGAGGAGAGUAUCCCGCCGGCAGCGUGGGUGCCGCUGAGUCGACAAGCGAGCUCAAGUCCGGGACGAGGAACAUGUGGUUCAUCCUAUUCACCAACACCAUGAUUGACUGGGGCUUCGUCUUCGGGGCCUUCGUGCCUUAUGUCGUGGCAGCAGCCUGCCACAACGACCAUCUCAGCACCAUAUGGCGCACCAGCCUCGGCAUCGGCGCAGCCUUCCCCGCUGUCCUCCUCGUCAUGCGCUUCUUCGUGGAGGAGCCCGAGGAGUUCCAGAAGCACUCCAUGAAGCACGCCAAAACCCCCUACCUCCUCGUCCUCCGCUUCUACGGCUUCCGCCUCUUCAUAGUCAGCCUGAUCUGGUUCAUUUACGACUUCUCCGCCUACUCCUUCGGCAUCUACUCAUCCACCAUCCUAGCCAACAUCUUCGACUCGUCCACCGCCCCGCUAACCACCGUCUUCGGCUGGAACACGGUCAUCAACCUGUUCUACAUCCCCGGCACGAUGCUCGGCGCGCCCGUCUCGGACCUCGUCGGCCCGCGCUACGCCCUCGCCGCCGGCGUCACCCUGCAAGCCGUCGUGGGCUUCGCCAUGGCCGCCAACUACGCCCGCCUCGCGCAGCCGUCCAUGGUGGGCGCGUUUACGGUCGUGUACGGCCUGUUCCUGUCGCUGGGCGAGCUGGGCGCGGGCAACAAUAUCGGCUUGAUCGCGGCCAAGACGUGCGCCACGGGCGUGAGGGGCCAGUACUACGGCCUGGCGGCGGCGGUGGGGAAGAUUGGCGCGUUUGUGGGCACCUGGGUGUUUCCGUAUAUUGUGGCGGCGGGGGGGGAUUCCGAGACGCUGUCGGCGCAGUAUCCGUUUUGGGUGUCGAGUAGUUUGCACCCUGGUUUUUACUUUUUUUAA